AUGGCCAUGGCGGAGCUGCUCAACAGCCACGGCUGCGUCGUCGAGCACAGCGAGCAGCACCGCGACCUCGGCGUGGGCUGCUACUUCCAGCGCGUCGAGUUCAAGUACGGCACGAUGCGGAAGACGGGCGAGCAGCUCGAGGCGUCGCUCCACGAGGUCUGCGGGCGCCUGGGCCUCGAGUUCCAGCUGAGCUGGGGCACGCGGCCGAAGCGGCUCUGCAUCUUCGUCUCCAAGUACGACCACGUGCUCUGGGAGAUCCUGCUCCGGCACAAGGCGGGCGAGCUCGAGUGCGACAUCCCGCUCAUCGUGUCGAACCACGAGGACCUGCGGCCCAUCGCCGACGCCUUCGGGAUCCGCUUCGAGGUCUUCAAGAUCACCAAGGACACGAAGCGCGCCCAGGAGGACCUGGAGAUCGCGCUCUGCCGCGAGCUCGACGUCGACAUCGUCGUCCUCGCGCGCUACAUGCAGAUCAUGUCCGACGAGUUCUGCGACGCCUUCACGCACAAGUGCAUCAACAUCCACCACUCCUUCCUCCCCGCCUUCAUCGGCUCCAAGCCCUACCACCGCGCGUUCGACCGCGGCGUCAAGCUCAUCGGCGCGACGGCGCACUACGCGACGGCGAACCUCGACGAGGGGCCCAUCAUCGAGCAGGACGUCGAGCGCGUCAGCCACCGCGACUCCGUCGACGACCUCCUCCGCAAGGGCCGGGGCGUCGAGCGCCGCACGCUCAUGGUCGCGCUCCGCGCGCACCUCGAGGACCGCAUCAUCGUCUACGGCAACAAGACCGUCGUCUUCGCCGACUAG